GUUUGUGAUGUUGGAAAAAUGUAUCCGUUAAUCCAGAACUUUGUGUUUAUGCCGCUUCAUAUCUUUUUUUAGUGUCAAUGCGCAUAAAUCACCAUCAUUAACAAGGAGCUGAAAUCUGUCGCGAAUUGGAGGGAAUACCACGAUGGUGCUGAAUCCAGUCAUAUCCAAGCUGACUGGCAAGCUUGUGGUGCUGGCCAGUGCUUCUCCUAGGAGGCUAGAAAUUCUGACCAACGUGGGUUUGAAGUUUGAGGUUGUCCCAUCAUGGUUUAAAGAGACCCUGGACAAGACGUUGUUCAGAACGCCUCAGGAAUAUGCUGUGGAGACAGCAAAGCAAAAGGCACUGGAGGUGGCUAAGAGAAUGCCCUAUAAACACCUGAAAACCCCAGACAUUGUGAUUGGAGCAGACACUGUUGUGGCAGUGGAUGGCUUUAUCCUUGAGAAGCCAGUGGACAAGCAGGAUGCUUACAGGAUGCUUUCCAGGUUGAGUGGCAAAGAGCACAGCGUGUUUACAGGGGUGGCCAUUAUUAUCUGCCAUGAGCUAGAAGGUCAGCAAAUCGAGUACAGUGUAGUUGAUUUUUAUGAAGAAACCAAAGUGAAGUUUGCAGAUCUGUCUGAGGAGAUGCUUUGGGAGUAUAUUCACAGUGGGGAGCCUAUGGAUAAAGCUGGUGGCUAUGGAAUACAGGCCCUUGGUGGGAUGCUGGUGGAGUAUGUGCAUGGAGACUUUCUCAACGUGGUGGGCUUCCCUCUCAAUCACUUCUGCAAACGGCUGGGAGAUAUAUACAACACCCACAGCGAAUCCCCAGCCCAGAGCGUCAAGAGUGAACCCUGUGAAGAAAAGUGGACUUUGGUCAACAAGCUUUCUAAGUGUGUGGAGAAUGGCGAGGCAGAGGGGUGGCCUGAUGAUGAGGGUGACAGUGCAGUCCCAGCCUCAACCAGUAGGGGUGCUGUGCACAAACUGAACUUGGUCCAGCCGCAGUGUGGAUCUUACCGUAAUUCUGACUUUCCACACAGGAUUGUUGAUUUGUUGGAUGGAUUCAAAGCCUCUAAGACUUUAUUUGCAGCCUCCAAGCUUAAGGUGUUUGACCUGCUGACCUCUGCGGAGGGCCUGACAGCUGGGGAGGUGGCAGGGAAAAUCGCAGCCUCUGUGGAGGGUACAGAGCGCCUGCUGGACGCCUCAGUCUCACUGGGCCUCCUGAUGAAGUUCAAACGGGAAGGCACCGUAGCAUACAGAAACACAGAAGAGGCAAACCAGUAUCUGGUGUCCAGCAGUGAGCUCUCUCUGCAUGGGUACAUCAUACACUGCAACGACCUGGUCUGGCACCUGUUCACGCACCUGGAGCAUGGCGUGCAGGAGGGGUGCAGUCAGCACCAGCGAGCCUUCGGGAAGAGGUCUGAUGACUUGUUUCAGGAUUCCUACUACAGCAGCAAAGAGGUGAAGCUGCGAUUCAUGAAUGCUAUGCACAGCAUCGCCAAGGUGACAGGGAGAGAUGUGGCAGCAGCAUUCGAUCUCUCACAGUUUAAAACAGCAUGUGACUUGGGAGGGUGCACUGGAGCCAUGGCCUACGAAUUUACUAGAGCAUAUCCCGGAUUAUCGGUAGCCGUUUUUGACCUACCAGCUGUUGUUGAAAUGAGCAACCACUUCCUCCCUCACAACCAAGAAACCAACAGAGUAACGUUUGUAGCUGGAGACUUCUUCAACGAUGACCUUCCCAAAGCAGACCUGUACAUCCUGGCAAGAAUUCUUCAUGACUGGCCAGAUGAAAAAGUGAAUGUCUUAUUGAGUAAACUGUCCGCAACAUGUACUCCAGGCUGCGGGCUGCUGGUGUGUGAGAUUUUCCUGGAUGAAGAAAGAAGAGGUCCAAGUAGAGCUCUCCUGCAGGCCCUUAGCAUGACUGAGGGCAGACAGAGAAGUGCUGCAGAAUACAGCCUUUUGAUGGAGAAAUACGGCUUCACUCAAGCACGCAUCAAACACACACAGAGCUUCCUAGAUGCCAUCCUCUGUGUUAAACAAUAACAUCUGUUGGAUGGACGUGAACCACAUCCAAGUCUGGCUCCACUCACCCAGUGGCACAAGGACAUACUGUGUGAUUUAUGUCAUUUGUUAGCUGUCCUGCCAAAAUGAAAUAUUCUCACAAUGGUGCAAUAAUAUUUCAGCUCUGUGAUUAUGUAAAUGUUUAGCUGGAAGUAAUUAACCCUGUGAUUUGUAAAGAUUCUAUAUCACCAUGAUCCCCAAAAACUGUAUUUGUGUGGAAAUGGUUGUGUGAGACUACAAAGAUGGCAGGGCCCCACAGCACAUGCAGAGAUGGUUUUCAGGAGGAAAUGACAGAGAAUCACUAAAGGGCAGAUGACGCCUCCUCUGAGGUAAAUUGUUUUUUUUGCGGAGUUGAUCAGCUGUCAGAAUGAUAUUUUCACUUCAUUAUGUUCGGAACACUUCUACACUUGGUUGGAAUAAGUGCCAAGCUUUUAAACCCAGGAACAUUGCAGUGCUGUGUAUACACCAUGACUGUCUCCUAUUGAUUGCAGCACAAGAGAGAAAAUUUUCUUCUGCAUACUGUUAUGAAUUGCUCCUCGUAAAGCCUUGAAGUAGGUGUGCAUCAGUUCUUUAGUUCUCUGUUCUCUUUGCCUCUUACUGUGUGUUGUCGGCCGUUGUCCCUGUCAUUUGUUGAAAUAAUAAAUGCUUUGUAACCUGACAUAUGUGGCAUGACUUCACUGUGUUCAGCUGAAGUGGGAGAUAUUAUGUCCACUCAGCCACGUCCUUAUUGUUUGAACUUCCUGUUUUGACUGACAGGGUGCGCUGUACUCCUGGCUGAGACUUUACUGGAUGAGGGGAAGGCACACCCCAGCAGGGCCUUCCU